AUGAUUGUAGUUCGUCUCGUUAAGCGGCUAGGGCGCCGGCUUUCCACACGACGCUGGCCUGCGAUUCUGAUCGCCUUGGCCAGCGCUGUCGUAACAUAUGCCCUUUUCCUGUAUUUCAUUUUUGCCUAUUAUCUGGCCGAUGACCCACGCCUUGUUCCUGAUACAUUUCGACAUGCACGCCGGCCUGUGCUUAUCACGGCACACCCAGAUGAUGAAACCCUGUUCUUUAGCCCCAGCAUUCUCUAUCAUCGACACGAUCCCCAUGUUACACGCUCCCUAUUGGUGAUCUCAUCAGGAAACUAUAACGGGAUUGGCGAGCAACGCCAAACAGAAAUUCACAACAGCUGUGCUGCCUUGGGUAUCUCCCUUGAUCACUGCGUCGUCUUAGACCAUCCUGAGCUUCAGGAUAAUCCAAAGAAAUGGUGGGAUGAGAGGCUGGUUGAAGAGAUUGUCGCGUCCUAUAUUAAGAAAUGGGAGGCAGAUCUGAUCAUGACGUUCGAUGAAGGCGGAAUCUCAGGUCAUAUCAACCACAGAGCUGUCAGUGCUGGCAUUAGGAAAUAUGUCACGGCCAAGGAGAAUGCACCCCCUGCGUUUACUCUGCAGAGCACUUGGCUACUGCGAAAGUAUUCAUCAUUGAUGGAUCUAAUUCCUUCCACUGUCCCAUUUCUGUGGAAGAUACUUAAGAACCCGGUGUCCCCUGCCACUAUUCCAGGGAACCCAAAAAGUGCAGAUCGAUCUCUCGUCCUGGCGACAGGGAAGGAGAGCAUACUACUAGUGAGCUCGUGGAAGACAUACCUUGAAUCACGAGCUGCAUUCGGUCAACACGAGAGCCAAUAUUCAUGGGAUAGAAUGCUAUAUUUAGUGAUCAGUCGUUAUAUGUGGUUCAACACAUUGGAGAGAAUUUGA